AUUGGCCGCCGCUGCGCCCCGCCCCGCCCGGGAUCCCGGGAGCUGUCCGGCCGCCUCGGUGCUGAUCCCGCCGCCGCCCACGGGCCGCGAGCAGCGUAGAGAGGGCACUAUGAGCGGGGGCGUCUACGGCGGAGGUGAGCCGGCCUGGGGCACUGGGCUCUCGGCCUGGUCUACAGCCCUGCAUCCCGAACCCGCGCGUCCCAAGCCCUGAGCAUCCCUGGGCCUGUCACCUCCGUACUGCAUCAGGUCCAGUCUGAGAUGAGGUGGGGGCGCUCGUCUUUGACAUUGGCUCUUUCUCAGUCCGAGCUGGGUACGCUGGGGAGGACUGCCCCAAGGCUGACUUCCCCACCACUGUGGGGCUGCUGGCCGCAGAAGAGGGGGGCGGGCUGGAGCUGGAGGGGGAGAAAGAGAAGAAAGGGAAGAUUUUCCACAUCGACACCAAUGCCCUGCACGUGCCUCGGGAUGGAGCGGAGGUCAUGUCGCCCCUCAAGAAUGGCAUGAUUGAGGACUGGGAGUGCUUCCGAGCCAUCCUGGAUCAUACCUACAGCAAACAUGUCAAGUCCGAGCCAAACCUGCACCCAGUACUCAUGUCGGAGGCUCCGUGGAACACUCGGGCCAAGCGGGAGAAGCUGACGGAGCUGAUGUUCGAGCAGUACAACAUUCCUGCCUUCUUCUUAUGCAAGACGGCCGUGCUCACAGCCUUUGCAAAUGGACGCUCCACAGGCCUGGUGCUGGACAGUGGGGCCACCCACACUACAGCCAUCCCAGUCCAUGAUGGCUAUGUCCUACAGCAAGGCAUCGUCAAGUCCCCCCUGGCAGGGGACUUCAUCUCCAUGCAGUGCCGGGAGCUCUUCCAGGAAAUGGCUAUUGAUAUCAUUCCUCCUUACAUGAUUGCAGCCAAGGAGCCUGUACGGGAGGGAGCCCCCCCAAACUGGAAGAAGAAGGAGAAGCUACCCCAAGUCUCCAAGUCCUGGCAUAACUACAUGUGUAACGAGGUGAUCCAAGACUUCCAGGCCUCCGUACUGCAGGUGUCUGAUUCCCCUUACGAUGAACAGGUAGCUGCACAAAUGCCCACUGUGCAUUAUGAAAUGCCCAAUGGCUACAACACAGACUACGGCGCUGAGCGACUUCGAAUCCCUGAGGGCCUGUUUGAUCCCUCUAAUGUCAAGGGCCUGUCCGGGAAUACCAUGCUAGGAGUGGGUCACGUGGUCACCACCAGCAUCGGCAUGUGUGACAUUGACAUUCGCCCGGUUGACGCUUCUCCCUGCUCUCAGGGUCUCUAUGGCAGUGUCAUUGUCACUGGCGGCAACACUCUGCUUCAGGGGUUCACAGACAGACUUAAUCGGGAGCUUUCUCAGAAGACCCCACCGAGCAUGCGUCUUAAGCUCAUCGCCAGCAACAGCACCAUGGAACGCAAGUUCAGCCCCUGGAUUGGAGGCUCCAUCUUGGCCUCACUGGGCACAUUCCAGCAGAUGUGGAUCUCCAAACAGGAAUACGAGGAGGGAGGGAAGCAGUGCGUGGAGCGGAAGUGCCCCUGAAGUUGCCCCCCUCCCCCAAAUACCCGUCCACCCCAUCCACGGAGAAACGCCAGAGGGGCGUUCUACCAGCCAGAAAUCCAAAAGCGCUGAACUCUCCCUUUCCCAUUACCCUCUUCUCUCUUACCCACAUCUUCUUAGACUGUGAUGUUCCUGAGUUGAAAGAAGAAAAAAAAAAAAGAACUUUUAUGAAAAUCAA